UCUUUAUCUCUUUCUUUCUUCCAGUUAAAAAGAUGGCAGAUUAUGAAAAUCAGUCGUCGUCAGAGUCUGAGUCAGAAGAAUCUGUCAUCACCGACAAAGAGCUCCAGGCAGCAUUUUCCAGGGGUGUCCUAAAGCCAGGGCUGAAUGUUGUGCUUGAGAAGCAUCAGAAGGCUCUUAACAAUGUGGAUGGGUUGAAGCAGUGUUUGUCUGAAUUCAAGCAGCACCUAGCCUGGGUGGAAAGACUGGAUGUGACCGUGGGUCAGGCACCAAAUGUCAUGAGUUCAGCCUCAUAUCCUACACCUGACAAAGUCACCGUUGACCCUGAGGAUGACUUCCAGAGAGAAAUGAGCUUUUACCGACAGGGCCAGGCAGCAGUGCUAAAGGCCCUACCUUGGCUACAUAACCAAAAGGUCCCCACAAGAAGGCCAGAUGAUUACUUUGCAGAGAUGGCCAAAUCUGAUCAACAGAUGCAGAAGAUUCGACACAAGCUUAAGAGCAAACAGGAGGCAAUGGAGAAGUCUGAGAAAGCAAAACAGCUUCGUGCACUGAGAAAAUAUGGCAAAAAGGUACAGACAGAAAUUCUGCAGAAGAGGCAAAAGGAGAAAGCAACUGUUCUGAAUGCAAUCAAGAAAUACCAGAAAGGUCUCUCUGACAAGUUGGAUUUCCUGGAUGGGGAGCAGACACCACCACAUCAAGGGAAGAAGAAAGGAGAUAGUGGUCAACAAAUAAAGAGAGGACCAAGUGCCAAGCGACGUUACAAGAAUCAGAAGUUUGGUUUUGGUGGGAAGAAGAAAGGCUCAAAAUGGAACACUCGGGAAAGUCACAAUGAUGUGUCAAGCUUCCGGGCUAACAUGGCCCACAACAAGGGUCCUGGAAAAGCAGGGAAAAAAGGUUCCAAUAAGAGACCGGGCAAAAAGAUGAGGCAGAAAAUGAAGAGCCGAACCUGAUAAGGACUGAGUGGGUUUUGGUCUAGUUCCUAUGUAGCUAUGAAUUGCAAGUAUUCCUCGUGUCACUGGUGUCUUGAGGCAACUCUAACUGCUGUUGAGCAAGCUGCACAAUGUCAUUUGGUACAGAGGGUUGCCGUGGAAGUGCAUGUACUGUCACUGACUCCUUUGUACUGUUAAUUUUCUUCCAAGAUUUUUUUCUCUCAAGCUUCGGGCCUGGCAUAUGUGAACUCAUUAAAUAGCUUGAACAGA